UCUGUCAUUUUUCAUCUCCCGAACGAAGCAUCCGGUCCGGUCCGGGUAGGCAUUGUUUUAUCGAGAUUCGGAAUUCCGAUCCCUAAUCAGCUGGAAUAGGGAACACAUACAAAACAUCAAUUACAUUAGUUAUUAAAAAUCUGUGCUUUGUUACGUGGAACUUGUUGUGACGUGGCCGUUUCCAGAAACCAGAAAGCCGGUAAUAGAGUAGGUAACAAAUUCAGUAUAUUCCUGAAAAACAACUUUAUUUUCAACAAACAACAUGCUGACAACACUGUUCGUAGCGCUGGCUGUGACAGCCGUAUUUGCUGGAGUGCCAAACCCCGAGGAAACCAAGAGGCUGAUGGACCACCUCUCUGAUGCAGAGCAUUACAGGAAUGAGCAUCAUAACAAACAGUUUGAUCAUGAUGCAUUCCUCGGUGAAGACCAAGCUAAAACAUUUGACCAGCUUCCACCUGAAGAGAGUAAAAGAAGAUUGGGAAUCAUCGUGGACAAGAUAGACUCUGACCAGGACGGGUUUGUGUCCCUCGUGGAGCUGAAGGACUGGAUCCGGUACACACAGAAGAGGUACAUAGAGGAGGAUGUGGACAGACACUGGCAGCAGCACAACCCUAACAACGAGGAGUUUAUUACUUGGGAGACAUACAGAAAAAAUGUGUACGGCUUCAUGAACGACAUGACAGAGAAUGAGCUGAGAAACAAUGAAGGCUUCACUUACUCCAACUUGCUCAAGCGGGACAGGAGGCGGUGGGUGUACGCGGACAGCGAUAAAGACGACGCACUCAAUAGGACUGACUUCGCCGGCUUCCUGCACCCCGAGGACCACGGCACCAUGAGAGACGUUGUAGUGCUGGAGACUCUUGAAGACAUCGAUAAGGAUAAGGACGGCAAGGUGUCUCUAGAGGAGUACAUCGGGGACAUGUACAAGCCGGAGGAGGGCGAGAGCGAGGAGGACGAGCCCGACUGGGUCAAGCAGGAGCGAGAGCAGUUCGCUGGAUACAGAGAUUCGGACAAGGACGGGUUCAUGGACGAGCACGAGGUGCGCGACUGGAUCGCGCCCGCGGAGUUCGACCACGCGGAGGCGGAGGCGCGCCACCUCGUGUUCGAGGCCGACGCCGACGCCGACGAGAAGCUCACCAAGGCCGAGAUACUCGACAAGUACGACCUCUUCGUCGGCUCGCAGGCCACCGACUUCGGCGAGGCGCUGGCGAGGCAUGAUGAAUUUUAACACUAUUUCUAGAAAUUUUCUCAUUUUCUUUAACAGCUGACCAGUGACCAAUUGACGUGUAUGGGAAAUAUGGACGUAAUUUUUUUUUAAAUAGUUUUUCACGUAAUAUGAUAAAAGUAAAAUUCCACCAAGGCGUUGGUGAGGCAUGAUGAGUUCUAACACUAUUUCUGGAAAUUUCUAGAAAUUUUUCUAUUUUUCUUUAACAGCUGACCAGUGACCCAUUGACGUUUAUGUUGAAUAUGCACGUUAUUUUUUUUAUAUUACUACCCGAUUAUGAUAACAGUAAAAUCCCGCGAAAUAAAAUUUUUGUUUACCAAUUAUUAACUAUAAUUAAUGAAAAUUUGGCCAAGAAAUUUCUAAGCAACAUAUUUUUUACAUUAACAAACUUAAUAAUAAUAAUUAAUAUAAAACACUUUUCAUCUAUUAAACAGAUGGGUGGAGGUCGUUUCUAACUUUCGGAUCAUCCAUUAUUACAGUCCAUAGUUAUUUACUACUAACUGACGCCGCGCGGUUUCACCCGCGUGGUUCCCGUUAGCGUAGGAAUAUGGGGAUAAUAGAUUCUCUGAGCCUGAUUCAAGUCUUUACGUCUGAUUAUUUAUUAUUGUAUCUUUAACAUAUUAAAAGUAAUUGUUUCUUAUUUUCGUAAAAUUAUACGUUUUUUUAUUUGCCAUAUUAUUAUGUAAUAAGUAGGUUUUAUGAAUCUUCAAAAUAUUUUUAAUAGUUAUGUGUUUUUAUUAAUCUUUAAACUUGUAUUGUGAUUUUAUUGUUUCACUUUUAUAAUAUAUUCGAGCAAUAAGACACUGCCUGGCCUAGGACUUAAUUUUGUGUUAAAUGGUGUAUGUUGUGUUACAUCACAAUGAUGGUAAGUUCGAGUCGCGUUUGUGCAAUACAUACUAUGUGUAUUCACGGAAUAUGAAUUUUCUAGAAUUCGCUCCUGUCAUUAUUAGUUUUGAACACUCUGUACCCGGGGGCAUGUCCUAAACGAACACACAGUGUAAAAAUAUAACACACUAAGAAAUUGAAACUAACAUUGACUGAACAUAAAAUAUGUUAUUCUUCAGUGUUUGAAAAAAAAUUUUAAUAAAAAAAAUACAACCGACUUCAAAACCUAAAAACGUACCCACUAAACUAAAAAGCGAAAUAUAACAUCAUAAUAUGUUCUACCUGCUGAUCAGUAUGAAGGCGGUGCUAAGCCGGUGAUGUAUUAAUUCAAGCCAUGUGUGAGCCAUGUGAUAUGGUCCUGUCAGAAAUGGUUUAAAUUAAGACAACACCGGCUAAUCCCAAUUUCUCCAGAAUUCCAUCAUCAGAUCUUGCCAUGAUGACAAUGGGACCAAAUGGGGACUAUACCGUUUCAAACAAAAAAAUAUUUUUUGAAAUCGGUCCAGGCGUCUUUGAGUAAUCGGUGUACAUACAUAAAAAAAAAUACCGACCGAAUUGAGAACCUCCUCCUUUUUGAAGUCGGUUAAAAAGAACUUAAUUGCCUUACUUUAGAGUUUAAAGUUGUUUAUUCCUUACAAUUACUUAUUUUACACAGAUAUAUUUUUUUUGUUUUCUCGAAAAAAUCAAAUCUAUACUAAAAGAAAAUUGACUUUAAUAGAGCUCAUAUUAUAGAGUAAACUUUAGUCAGUACUUAACUUGUUUAGUGCAAGGCUAUAUUUCUAACUAAAGUUUACUCUGUAUAACCGUUAUUAAAGUCUAUUUUCGUAUAAUAUAAAUACAUAUGCGUACGUCUGCAUAUAUGAGGAUACGGUACCUCUUGGUAUUUUUAUUGCUAAAGCGUAAGCUUUACCGAUCUAUGUUCUAUGUGUGUAACAUACAUGUCUUGAUAUUAUAUACCAUUUAUUUUUAAUAUUUACCAUGAAUUCUCUGCACUGACCGUUGAAAUUGGUUCAUAAUUCAUAUAACGUCAGCGAAUCUCUUCUAAAUAGAAUUAAUGUUGACUUAAUUUGUUAAACUAAUUACGUAGCUAGCUAAUAUUCCUAAUUAGAUACCAAA